AUGGGCAGUUUGUUGCACUAUAUGCUUCCCAGAAAGAGACCUGUGGAAGGAGAGGUUGUUGACGGCCACGACAGUAGUUCUGGUGGAGAGAGCUUGCUCAAGAAGCAUCAGAUCGGUUGUUUGAUCUUUUCAUCGCGUACCGCCACUGACAAGACCACCACUUCUGACGAUAACAAGCAGAGCGGCGAAGUCAAAAGCAACAGCGCAAUCGGUAACAGCAGCAACGAACCGUCGCUGACGGAUAUGGCUUUCGACAAUGGGAAUCCACAUGACAUCGAUGAGGAUCUUCAUAGCAGACAGCUCGCUGUGUACGGCCGAGAGACGAUGAGGCGACUCUUUGCGUCGAACGUUCUUGUUUCAGGGAUGCAAGGCCUCGGGGCUGAAAUCGGUAUGGAUGUUAUUUGUCAGUUUACUUCUUUACUGGCUAUGGGUUUAUAUAUUUUAUUCUAUGUCAUGCUUGAUAUUGUCGCUUAA